AGGGAGAGGGGGAGAGAUUAUGGAAUGCUGUGAUGUCAUCAGCCCAGUCAUACACACAAAGACGAGGAGGACCCACUGGCGCUCCGACUCUCUCAGCUUAGUUAGCAUACUCUGCUGUGGAGCGGCUGUCUGCAUCCUACUAUUGUCCCAAUGAUGACAUCCAAAGUCAAAGGAAACUGACAUCUAAGUAGGGUGGGGAAACUGUCAGCACAACUGGGAAAGGAAACAGGACUGUGUGUGUGUGUGUGUGUGUGUGUGUGUGUGUGUGUGUGUGAGUGAGUGAGUGAGUGAGUGAGUGUGUGUGUGUGUGUGUGUGUGUGUGUGUGAGUGAGUGUAUGUAUGUGUGUUUUAGCAUGAGUGAGAUUGUGCAGCAGGUUUGUACAAGACUGUGUGUGAGGAUAAGCAUGCGCCUUGAUUGAGUUCAUGAGGGUAAAGCUGUUAAACUCUUCUGACGACAUGAGACUAUAAACCCACACUGUCCACCUCAAGAAGAAGAAGAAGGACAGCACCUCCUCGCUCUGACCGCUCGGCCAGGUGGAACUUAGUUGACCCACCUCGUCAGCCGCCAACAUGCUGCAGCAGAUUCUUAAGGACAUGUACAUCGAUCCUGAUGUGCUGGACGCUCUGAAUGAGGACCAGAAAAAGACUCUCUUCCUGAAAAUGCGCCAGGAGCAGGUGCGACGCUGGAAAGAGCGGGAGGAGAAACUAGACAGAGAAGGGGGGGAUGCUGAGUGCAAGCGAACAAAGCCAAAAAAAGCCAACAGUAAGAAUGUGAGCUGGCUGCUCGGCCGGGACGGGGAUGUGGCCGUCAUUGUGAUCGGGGAAGUGGAUGAGCUGAGCUCCAAAUUCAUCUGCUCAGGAUUAGGAGAAAAGAAGGCACCGAGUCUUCAGAACAACACAUACCAUCAAACUAUCUUGAAGAGCAGAAAAACCACAGAACCUGUCAGAACUGAGAGAGAAAACCUCCCACCUAAAACGCAACCUGGAAUCUCACUGAAUUUAAAGCAGGGCAAAUGUGAGGAGACGAGCACAUUACUCCCUCUGCCGGUGUCAGUGAGUGAGCAUUCAUCACCUCCAGCAGCAGAGAAGCCCGAGUUGAAGUCAGCCAGCUCGACUGAGGAGAAGUCAGUUCCCCAGCCCUCCAUCUGCUCCAGGCCUCCCAUGAGAACUAGUCCUGUCAACGUGAGACCAGCUUCUGCAAAUGCGGCACCAGGUUCUGUCAACACGAGACCCGGCUUCGCAAAUCUGAAGCAGGCCGCUGCCAUGCCAUACCCUUCCCCCAGCAGCACGGUCAAAAUAGACUCGGGAACAACAUCAACUGCCAAAGGUGGCGUGCACUUACAGGAACCUCAGAAGCCCCAGCAAUCACAGGGUGUGAAAGAUAUUGGCGCAUCAGAGGCGUCUCGAAGGGCUGCCUCAGAGGAUGCUGGGUCAUCGGGGAGCGCACCAACCUGCGCAGGGCGUGGCCGGGUGGCUCAGCUGAUGAAAACCUUCAGCGCUGAAAGCUCUACAACCACACAGACCCCCUCCCGCAGCAUCAAGCCUCCUCUCCCCUCCAAGCCCAACCACUUGCGUCUAACGACCACACCUUCUGUCAGGUAAUCUACGCACGCUGAUGCACGGACGCCCAUCCAGCUUCACGCAUCCCCGUGAUUCAGAUAAAGCCACACUGGACAAUGUCGGACACACAAAUGUGGAGCCUCAGCCAGUGGGCUAAUGGGAUAGAGAACUCCAAAGGUGGCUCUCACAAAUGCUCACAAUGUUGCUAUCACUCCCAAGGCACAGCGAUGGAAAUGCUUGAAUGUAAUGGUUUUCUUUUACUGUUGGAUGCUGCAGUACUGUAAACAAUCUUUGUGGGAAAGUAAUUCCAAAGUGAUUGAAUUUUCUUUUUGUAUAACUUACAUUCAUUCUACCUUUUAUCUACUUGCCAGGGAAUUGAUGACUAUCACAUGUAUUCACUCGCUGUUGAUGCUUUCCACUUUGCGCAACAUGUGGAAAAAUACACUCUCAUCCUCACACACAAAGACUUUACACAGUAUAUUGUUUACUCUCCAUUAGCAUUAUUUUCAUCGCUUAUGAGACCGUUUGCAUUAGCUCAUGUGCAGACACACACAUGGUUCAGUGUUCUUUCUUUUAAUUUUUGUCUUUUUGAACAAAAGAAUGGGCAUGGAUAGGCAGAACGGGUGAAAUAAGGUACUAUAGGGUCCUCCUUCAUCUUGCUGUCUCCUCUCUGGGAAUAGUGUGGGUUGUUUAUUUGUCACAAUGCGAUGUAUGUCUCCCUCUGCCACCUGGCAGUAGCCUCAUUGCGACCUGUUGUGGACCAGUGACAGUGCCAAAUGCCUCGUCUGUCUCUCCCAGUGGAUCAAAUCCUGGGAAGUUUGACAGUCACCACCAAAUAAUCCAGCUCAGUUCUGUGUUAAUCCUCUCUGUUUUCUCAAUACUAAUUUACAGAUGUGUGGUUGUAUGUUGUGUUUUUUUUUUUUUUUUUACAUUUUCUAUGGGGAGAAAGAUGUUUUGUAAUGGGAUAUUUAACACUACUACAAUGCUCACAUGUAAAACUGAGAGACAUCUAGUGUCUUUGAUGUCAAGCUUCUAUUGUGCAAUCAAAGAAACAAUAAAAUUGGUGUC